UUUGCAUGACUGUUCAGAAUCAUAAGAAAAUCUGGGAAAAAAGUAUGCACAUGUACCUUGAACAAUUCAUUUUGCUCUCUGAGUGAUAUUCUUCUUCAGUUUUCCCAAUUUGUAUCAUUUCAGUGAUGUCACAUGACUUUGAAAUAAAAUUGUUUCACAAGUUAAAAAGAAAGUCAUGCAAUCAAAAAAUAAUUAGUUUACAUAUCGUAAAACCUUUCUCAGAUUUUUUUUAUCAUAUACUUUUAGUAGAUUAGCUGUUUACAUAUAUUACAAGUUAACGAUAUGAUGAUUUAUACAUUUAACUUAGAAAUUAUAAAAUGCAUGAACAAACAGAAGGCCUAUGGGUCACAAGACUCACCUGGGUCACAAAAUUCAACCUACAUUAAGAAGACAUUUCAAAAAACUAUGAUGGUCCCAUCCUACCACUGGUGGAAAUUGUUUGAAAAAAAAACAAAAAUUUACACUAUGUAAUAAAGCUUUCAUAAUGCAAAUUUUAUCUUUUCCAACUCAGUGCAUGGUUUUUUAAUGAAGAUUUUUUGAAAGAUGUCCAUUUUACUUAAUAUUUAUUAUCCCCCCUUAAAAAGGAGAUGGUACAUGGUUUUUAAUUUGAAAAAAGAAAAUGAACUUCAUGCAUCCUUGAAUGCUCUAUAUCAAAUUUAGCUUAGAUUAGUUCAGUUGUAUACCUGUAAAAAUUUUUUUUUAAAAAGACAGACAAUGGACAAAUUUUGAUUGAUAAAUCUCCCUAGUGCCUUUUGGGUUAGAUAACAAAAACUCAAGUAAAGAAUUUGUUAACAGGAACAUUAUGAACCUGCCAAAUUUUUUUCAUGCAACAGUACUUAGCCUUGUAAUAUUUAGGACACCCUUUAAGCAAGUUUUCUAAAACUUGUAUUGAUUUAUGCAUUACAUAGAACUGUUGCUAUUUAAGUUACAUUAAAUGAUUUAUUUGUUUUACUUGUACAUUUGUAGUUGUAAUUAAAGUAUCUUUAUAUAUCUUAUCAACUUAGUAUGAUAAUUAUUUUAUAACAAUAUGAUCAACAAGUAUGAUUGAUAUUAAAACCAAUCAAUUCAUCAACAUUCAUUUCUACUGUAAAUCCUUUUCACAAUGAAUUUUUUAAAAAUGGUUUUUAAUUUCUCUUCCUUUUAGGUAUCUACCUGUCAAAGAAGAGACUUUAAGUACGGAUGAUUGCAAGCUUACUUGUGAAACUGAGAACAAGACACAGAGUGAAAAUAUGGGAAAAGAGGACACUGGAAAUGAUGAAGAGGAGGUACAAGAUGCAGCUGAUGUUGUGACACAAUCUUCUGUAUUUGAUACAGAUUAUGUUAACACUCAUCUGAACAGUGUAAUAGGUGCUCUAACAAAGAUAAUGAACUGCAAAAUUGGUGAAUGUGAUGAAGCUGAUCAUGCCCGCCAUCAUAUGUUUGUAAAGAGCCCUGCAGAUAUGUAUGACAAAUACAUUAAACAGUAUUUCUUUGGAAGAAAAUUUUUAAGUUCUCAGGAACAAGAACAUCUACAAACAGUUCUCCAAGACGAAAUGUUCUGCAGCAAACCUUUGCCUGGAUCCAUUUUCAAUCGAUAUAGAACCUUCCAAACUCUUGAAAAUGAAGAAUUGGAAAGUAUCUUUAUAGAUAGUCCACUAAUGGCAGUUCACUAUUUCUCAUUCAUUCUGCUCAAAGAAGCAAUGGUUUAUCUGAUCUGUAACAAAACAGGACUGCCUUAUGAAGAGGCUGAUGCAAGAUGCUCAUCAACAGAGUGUUUAGUGAAAGAUGUCCAUCUAUAAGUGACUGUUCAGUCCAAAAACUUAUUAUGCCAUACAAACUUAUAAUGCCAUACAACAAACCAGUUUUUGGUUCUUUUGUAACUUCAUAUGUGAUAAAUGUUGCAGUAUGAUGUGUAGUGACUGGAUUGUGUUGUGAAGUGACUCGAUUAUGUAGUCAAAUGAAUGGAUUAUGUUGUGUUGUGAUUGGGUUAUGUAGUGCGGUGACUGGGUUAUGUUAUGUAGUGACUGGGAUAUGUUGUGUAGUGACUGGGUUAUGUUGUGUAGUGACUGGGUUAUGUUGUGUAGUGACUGGGAUAUGUUGUGCAGUGACUGGGUUAUGUUGUGUAGUGAUUCGGAUAUGUUGUGUAGUGACUGGGAUAUGUUGUGUAGUGACUGGAUUAUGUAUUGUAGUGACUGGGUUAUGUUGUGUAGUGACUGGGAUAUGUAGUGUAGUGACUGGGAUAUGUUGUGUAGUGACUGGGUUAUGUUGUUUAGUGACUGGGAUAUGUUGUGUAGUGACUGGGAUAUGUUGUGUAGUGACUGGAUUAUGUAUUGUAGUGACUGGGAUAUGUUGUAUUGUAGUGACUGGGAUAUGUAGUGUAGUGACUGGGAUAUGUUGUGUAGUGAUUGGGAUAUGUUGUGCAGUGACUGGGUUAUGUUGUGUAGUGAUUCGGAUAUGUUGUGUAGUGACUGGGAUAUGUUGUGUAGUGACUGGAAUAUGUUGUGUAGUGACUGGGAUAUGUAGUGUAGUGACUGGGAUAUGUUGUGUAGUGACUGGGUUAUGUGGUGUAGUGACUGUUUUAUGUUGUGCAGUGACUGGGAUAUGUUGUGUAGUGACUGGAUUAUGUAUUGUAGGGAUAUGUAAUGUAAUG